UUGAGGCAGACAACUACAUGUGAACAUACCGUACGCAGAAUCUCUGCUACAUUGCUAAACGGACACGGUGUGCAUGAGUACCUCCCUGGUUUAAUGGGUCCAAUCAUCGGGAUGUCGCCGGAUAAGAAAGCCGAGUCCCCGGGUGUGUGCGAGGAGCGUGCUGGCCUGAGGGGUGCGUGCGGGGCUGGAACGCUCCCUGAGGCCGAGAGCGCGUCCAGUCCGCUGGCCACCAGCGUGGACCAGGUCAGCAGCGCCGAGGACGAAGAACUGACCAACCUCAACUGGCUCCACGAGAACCUCCUUCAGAACUUCACUCUUGGAGGUCCAGAAGCUCAGUCCAGUGGCAGUCCUCUGUUUGACAUCGAGGGUGACACCAGGGCUCCUUUGGCCCCUUCCUCCUCUCUAAGUCGCGGAGGAGAGAGAGACUCGAUGAAGUCCAAGCCUCCUUUCUCGUUCUCUCUGCUCAUCUACAUGGCUAUCGAACAGUCGCCCAGUAAGUCGCUCCCCGUCAAAGACAUAUACGGAUGGAUUCUCGAGCACUUCCCUUACUUCUCUAGCGCCCCCACUGGCUGGAAGAACUCAGUGCGACACAACCUGUCCCUCAACAAAUGCUUCCGCAAGGUGGAUAAGAGUCUUGGAAAGGUGAAUGGGAAGGGGUCUCUGUGGUGUGUCGACCCAGAAUACCGGCCAAACCUUGUCCAGGCUUUGAAGAAACAGCACUUCCCCACUGCUUAUGCCUUUUGCACACCUCCCGCUUCCCCACCCAGUGCCUUCUCUCCCCCUCCACAUCUCUUCCUGCACAGCUGCUCCCUGAAAGAGUCUGACAUUGACGCUGCCACUGCCAUGAUGCUCUUAAACUCCGCCCCUGGGCACAGUGAUGACCCAUGUGGUUCUGAAAGUCCAAUGGACCUGUCCAGGCCCGACUCUGUCUUGGUGAGCAGCGAUCCAAAGCAGGACCACAACUACAGCAGCGCGUCCUUCCAACGCUGCUCCUCUCGCUCCUCCUCGUCUUCGUUCUCUUCCGGUUUCCACAGCGAUGAGGACUCAGACCUAGGAGAGGACAGGGGUCUCAGGCCGCCCCCUUUCAGACGCCCGUCCAACGUAAAAUGCCCCGUGGGCAAGAGGGCACGGCGGGAGACCAAGCCCGAGCUGGACGAGGAGCUGAAAGAGGCGGCCGGCUCUCUCCUGCACUUGGCCGGCAUUCGUUCCUGUCUGGAAGUGUCCAAGCACACUGCCAAGAGCAAAAAACAGCCCCGGAAAUGAGCGUCUUUCCUCUUGCAUCUGUCGACUCUUCCCCCUUCCACUGUGUUUCAGUGUGUGCCUCCUCGAUUUUCCUAUCGGUGAAC